AUGGACUACAUCUUUGGGUGUGCGCUCGGUUUCUUACGCUGCGCGUCUGUGGCCGUUUCGUACGACAUCGCUUGCCAAUGGAGCGUCAACCUGGAGAAGCGGCUUGCUCGCGUUCCGGCUGGCCAGGCCCUCAGCGCAGGGGCGGCAAAGUUUGCGUCUUGGAUGAAGGACAGCUCCGGAACGUCGGCGUCUCUUUGGUCCAAGGUUAAAUACGCCGUGCCGAAGUUCCACCUCUACGCACAUAAGGUGGCCUGUCAAGUUAAAUGGUCGUUUCUGUGGCUCGUGGGCGCAGGCGCGACGGAUGGCGAAGGUUGCGAGCGGAUAUGGUCAGGAGCAAACCCGGCCGCUUCAAGCCUGCGAGAGAUGGGCCCCGGUUCGAUGCAGGAUACUAUGGACGACAUGUGCGGCUAUUGGAACUGGCUGAAGACGUGCGGAAUCGCGGAUCUUUUGAAGGCUCGCAUGGAGAGGGCUUUGGAAGAGGCGCGGCGACAAUGCAUCAUUCACACAGAGCUCACAGCAGCGAUACGCGAAGAGGAUCCUGAGAUGCUUGCAACCACGCAAGCGCAGGUUCAAAACUGGGAAUGCGACAAUAAGAAACCCAGCCCGUACCACAUCGUAAAGGAGCGCCUCACGGUCGCACAGAUCAGGCUCGCGGCUGCAAAGGCGCAGGGUUCCUCGGUGGAGAAACUGGCCAACGAAGCAGGCGACGUCGCGGAGGGUAGCGAGGAGGGCACGGCCGACCUUACGAACUUCCUCUUGCUCGGCUUCGAUAUCGAAGAAGAACAGGCGAGGCUGACUAAAGGUGCGGCGGCACCGGACGGCGACGACUUACUUGCGGACGACGACAACGAAGGCUCGCGAACAACGAAGCAAAACACCACUCGGACGCAGGCUUUAAACAACCUUGUGCGCAUGAUCGAGGACUUUCGCGACAAGCAGGCGCAUUGCAUGGCGUCGACGUUCGCUGCUCUGACGUGCGAAGACCGUUCGCCAGACCGCCGCACUGCGAUCCAAGCGAGGCUUUACAUGCCCUCCCAGCCGCCGCCCAAGACGGCCAUGGCUAGCGCGUCUUCAAGCGCUGCGCGCGAGAUGGAAGCUAAGCUCCGCUACGCGUCUAUGGACGAUGAGCUGGAGAACCUUCGCCACCAGCUGCGCCUGCGGGGCUGCCUGUACCGCCACAGCCGCCGCCAGUCGAAAGGCCAGCGGGCGAGCACGCGGUCGCUCACGGCUCAGAAGAACGUGAGCGCGAACAUAGACAAGGCGGCGGCAGCUUAUCGACGCCACCGUGAGCGGUACGAGCUUUUGGAGGGCAAAGGGGCUUGGGAGGAUGCCAUGCGGGAGUUGAAGGGCGCCGACCUCCGCAGUUUAAGCGACGGGUUGAUCAAAGAGAUGGAGGCGAGCACCGAGGACCAAGCGCUGGCCUAUCUUGCUGAGCGCAACGGCACUGUAAGAUCUGGCGAUACCACGCGCCAGAUUUCUUGGAUCUGGACCACGGCGUCCGGGGAGUCGGGUUUGAAGGUCACCGCUGAGCUCAUGGUCGAAUGGUGCAAGAGCCGCGCGCGUGCGCAGCGCUGGGUUGAGGAGGUGCGGCUUUUGGACGAGGAGAUGCGGAGGUCGUUGGCUUUCAACGAGACGAUGGCGCAGCGGUGGGACAAACGCCGCGAACCGGAAGCGACCAUAGCGCUCACGACGGACACCGAAAGAUGGGCUGCGGACAAAGGUUAUAAGGACGGUGUCCGUGCAUACGCAUACAAGCAGGCCUGGAUUCGUCGCGCGCAGGCGAUGAGGUGGCGGUCCACUGUGGCGGGCGUGCGUUUGCAGGCCAUGACGUUCAUCAGCACUCACUCUGCGGAUGGGACCUGCACGGAGCCAGUCGAUGGACUGCUUGAGAGCAUUGAAGGCAUGAAGGUGGGCCGAAAGCGUAGCGAAUAUGUUAGGGGGUAG